AUUCCAUCGACUCCGGGGGUUUCAAGGUCAGCUUAGUGUAUACGUAGCAGAAAACCUUUGCGAUCAAGCUCCUCAGAAAGAAUCAUCUGCGCCACCGCGUUCAAGUCAUUUACUAGAGAGGCGGCGGGGAAGCCUGCGGAGCUGUCAAGAUGCCGAAGAAAGCUAUUGACUCUCGCAUACCGGCAUUGAUCCGAAAUGGCGCACAGGAAAAAAAGCGAAGCUUCUUCGUAGUUGUUGGCGAUCGUCAAAAAGAUGUCAUAGUCAACCUGUACCACAUUCUGUUGAAUGUGGACGUCAAGCUGAACAAAUCGGUGCUCUGGGCAUACAAGAACAAGCUGCUGGGAUUCUCGAGUCAUCGCAAGAAGCGCGAGAAGAAGAUCAAGAACGAGAUCAAGCGAGGAAUCCGCGACGUCGACACCGAAGAUCCCUUCGAACUAUUCGUCUCGUCGCAAAACAUCCGUUAUGUCUACUACAAGGAGACGGAGAAGAUUCUCGGAAACACAUACGGCAUGUGCAUCUUGCAGGACUUUGAGGCGCUGACGCCGAACCUGCUUGCGCGGACGAUCGAGACGGUGGAGGGUGGAGGAUUGGUGAUAUUGCUGCUGAAGGGCAUGAGCAGCUUGAAGCAGCUGUACACAAUGUCUAUGGAUAUCCACUCGAGGUACCGGACCGAGGCGCACAGCGAUGUUGUGGCGCGCUUCAACGAGAGGUUCCUGCUGUCGCUUGGGAAAUGCGACAGCUGCUUGGUUGUCGACGACGAGCUGAACGUGCUUCCCAUCUCUGGUGGAAAGCAUGUCAAGCAACUACCACCACCGGAUCCAGAGAUGGAAGGCAAGACACCAAAGGCGAAAGAGUUGGGAGAAAUCAAGGAAUCCCUGGCAGACUCGCCUCCCGUGGGCGAUCUCAUCAAGCUCGCGAAGACGGUGGAUCAGGCGAAAGCUCUGCUGACGUUCGUCGACGCGAUCGUGGAAAAGACACUACAAAGCACAGUGACUCUGACGGCUGCUCGAGGUCGAGGAAAAUCAGCAGCUUUGGGUGUAGCAGUCGCGGCAGCAGUCGCGCACGGCUAUAGCAACAUCUACAUCACAUCCCCAAGUCCCGAGAACUUGAAGACCCUCUUCGAUUUCGUCCUCAAAGGAUUCGACGCGCUAGGCUACAUGGAUCGCCAGGACUACGAGAUCAUGCAGUCGUCCCACGCAGAGUUCAACAAGGCAAUCGUCCGAAUCAACAUACACCGACAGCAUCGACAGGUUAUCCAGUACAUCCAACCGCAAGACGCGCAUCAGCUAGGUCAAGCAGAGUUGCUGGUCAUCGAUGAGGCCGCGGCUAUUCCUCUACCCCUGGUACGGAAGCUGAUGGGACCAUAUCUGGUCUUUAUGGCUUCGACCAUCAACGGCUACGAAGGAACUGGACGAUCGCUCUCCCUGAAGCUCAUACAGCAGCUCCGUGAGCAGUCGCGAGGAAGAUCGACCAACGGCACGACUCAGGUGAUGGAUCGCUCCACAGGCAAAGAGGCAAAAGACGGCACAGAGCCCACCAUGGCUGGCCGCUCGCUUCGCGAAAUCACGCUCUCAGAACCCAUUCGAUACGCUCAAGGCGACUCCGUUGAGCGAUGGCUGAACGACUUGCUGUGUCUCGACGCUACGCUCCCCAAAUCGAAGCUGAACACACAAGGAUGCCCGCACCCGUCAGAAUGCCAGCUUCUCCACGUCAACCGCGAUACCCUCUUCUCCUACAACCCGGCAGCCGAGAAGUUCCUGCAGAAAAUGAUGGCUCUAUACGUUGCUAGUCACUACAAGAACACACCCAACGAUCUUCAGCUCAUGUCUGAUGCACCCGCCCACCAGCUCUUCGUUCUCACUGCGCCCGCCGAGGAAAACAAGCUCCCUGAACCCCUUUGCGUUAUCCAGGUUGCGCUUGAAGGUCAGAUUAGCAAAGAAAGCGUCAUGAGCAGCCUGAGUCGUGGACAACGCGCUGGCGGUGAUCUGAUACCCUGGAUCGUCUCGCAGCAGUUCCAGGACGAGAACUUUGCAAGUCUUUCGGGUGCACGUGUUGUACGGAUAGCAACAAAUCCCGACUACGUCAAGAUGGGCUACGGAUCUCGAGCGCUUGAACUGCUUGUCGACUUCUACGAUGGAAAGCUUGCCAGUUUGUCAGAGACUGAGCCCCGUGAAGUCGAGGAAAUGAGGAGGGUAACAAACGAAGAUCUAGAAGACUCUACCCUUCUACAAGACAACGUAAAGGUCAGAGAGGCGAACGAGAUGCCGCCGCUCUUCGCUCGACUACCCGAACUCAAGGCUCCACAGCUCGAUUACGUCGGCGUGUCCUAUGGCCUCACCCCACAACUCCACAAGUUCUGGAAACGCGCGUCCUUUGUUCCAGUCUACCUUCGUCAAACUCCCAACGAUCUUACCGGCGAACACACAUGCAUCAUGCUCCGUUCGCUGGAAACCACCUCAUCAGACGGCAGCUGGGUUGCGGCAUUUACCAAGGAUUUCCAGAAGCGCUUCCUCUCCCUACUCUCCUACCAGUUCCGAACAUUCCCCGCAGUCACCUCUCUGUCGAUUGAAGAGUCCGCAUCAGCAGGCUCGAAGCUAGACGCUGAUCUUGCACCAAAGACUAUCAGCAAGGCAGAACUCGACGCUCUGUUCAGCCCCUUCGAUCUCAAGCGUCUUGAUUCCUACGCGAACAACAUGCUCGACUACCACGUCAUCCUCGACAUGCUCCCUCCCAUCGCGCACCUCUACUUCACCGGCCGUCUCAAGGGCCAAGUCAAAAUGAGCGGUGUUCAAACCGCACUACUCCUCGCCGUUGGUCUCCAGCGAAAAGAGUUCUCGGAAGUAGAACGGGAGCUCGGCCUCAACUCCAGCCAGCUGAUGGCCAUGUUCGUCAAGAUCAUCCGCAAGGCCGCAACGUCGUUCCGCAGCAUCGUCGAAGGCGCCGUCGAGCAGACAAUGCCCGAGGCAAUGGAAGUAGAAGAGCCCGACCUCGACGGCGGCGACGUCAAGACCAGUACACAACAACGCUUCCAGCCCCUCGAGAAAGACCUCGAUGAGGAGCUGCGAGAAGGCGGCGACGAGGCGAUGAGAGAGGAGCGCGAGAGGGCUAGGGCCCUUGUCGAUGCCCUGCCUCUUCACAGGUACGAAAUCGGAACCGGUGCCGCCGACUGGGAGGACGCCGAGCGCCAGAUCAGCAAAGCGGCGAAGCAGGGUGGGCCGAACAGCAUGACCGUUAGCGUCAAGACGGGCGAGAAGAAGCGCAAGGUUGGCGAGGCUGUCGACGAGGCUUACAAGGAGGCGGAGAAGCUGAAAGAGGGCGGGAAGAAGAAGAAGCACAAGUCGAGCAGGAAGUAAAGAAAAGUGGGCCGUGUUUGAGGUUGAUCUGGGAUGCUGCAUACAGGGAGGGUGUUUGGCGUUUGAUAUCCGCAAAGAAAAGGAUCAUGUAGUCGUAAUAGUUUACAGCUGUUUGAAUGCCGAGAUUAUGUUGUAUGUU